CAGGGGGAGGAAACGUUGAACAUGACAACUCGAAUAGAGUGCAUAUUCUUCAGUGAGUUUCACCCCACACUGGGUCCAAAGAUAACUUAUCAGGUACCAGAGGAGUACAUUUCACGGGAAUUGUUCGACACGGUCCAAGUUUACAUCAUCACCAAGCCAGAGCUACAAAACAAAUUAAUUACAGUCACUGCUAUGGAGAAGAAGCUAAUCGGCUGUCCAGUGUGCAUCGAGCAUAAAAAGUACAGCCGAAAUGCUCUCCUCUUUAACCUCGGCUUUGUUUGUGAGGCUCAGACCAACACAUGCGCUCUUGAGCCAAUUGUCAAAAAGCUGGCUGGGUACCUCACAACUCUGGAGUUGGAAAGUGGCUUUAUUUCAAAGGAGGAGAGCAAGCAGAAACUUUUACCCAUAAUGUCGACAUUGUUGGAGGAUCUUAAUGCUACAGGAGCCUGCACAUUACCUAUAGACGACUCCAACACCAUCCAGCUAAAACUGAUCCAGCAGCGGACGGACCCCCCCACUGUCCAGGAGUAUGACGUCCCCGUCUUCACCGAAUGCAAAGAGCUUUUUAUAAAGUCUCAGUGGGACCUCACCACUCAGCAGAUUUUGCCUUACAUUGAUGGAUUCAGGCACAUCCAGAAAAUCUCUGCCGAAUCAGACGUCGAGCUGAAUCUUGUUCGUAUCGCUGUGCAGAAUCUGCUGUAUUAUGGUGUUGUGACUUUGGUCUCGAUAUUCCAGUACUCCAACGUCUACUGCACAACCCCAAAGGUUCAGAGCCUCAUUGAUGACAAAUCCCUUCAGGACGAAUGCCUCAGCUACGUUUCCAAACAGGGUCAGAAACGUGCCAGCCUCCGGGACGUGUUCCAGCUCUACUGUGGUCUCAGUCCAGGAACGACGGUGCGAGACCUUUGUUCUCGCUACUCGCAGCAACUUCAAAGGGUUGAUGAGAGGAGGCUAAUCCAGUUCGGACUGAUGAAAAGUCUCAUCCGACGGCUUCAGAAAUAUCCUGUGAAGGUGGUCCGGGAUGAGAGGAGCAGACCGCCUCGUCUCUACACUGGCUGUCAUAGUUAUGAUGAAAUCUGCUGCAAAACAGGGAUUAGCUACCUGGAGCUGGAUGAACGUUUGGAAAAUGACCCUAAUAUUGUCAUCUGCUGGAAGUGAUGUUAAAUGAAGCCAUCUACCAAGAAGCCUCCACCAAUACAGCCAAGAGCGAGACGCCUCAAAGAUUGAGUUAUGUUUUGUAAAUGUCUUUGCUCCGUUUUUCAUUAAUUAUUUAUUUCUAUCUUUAAAAGACUGUGACUAACGUUAGCCUGAGUCUGGUUAUUGUCUUCUCUUUGUUUUGUAAACAAUAGUCCAGAAGAGAUCAGAACCGGGUAUUAACCAGAAUAUGUUAAAAUUCAGUUUAAACUGUUUCCUACUCAAGUUUACUGUGUGUGUGGAUUUCUUUUUAACUGUUGCUGUGUAAACCAAAAUAUGGCUAUUCCUGUAUCAUCUCCUGCUUACAUUGUGACAAAAAAGGUCUGUAUUUACUGUAAAUGCCAGACAACAUUAACCUUUGCAGCUACACAGAACCACUGGUACAUGGCCUGCAGCCUUGGAAAUACUGAGCAGGAAAUGCUUACAUUUACCUAACUGUUGGGAUAACUUGUUGCUGAGCAGAAAUUCAUUUUAAUUGGCUCCUCAUACUUUAGCACAAGUUGGGUUGAAUAAAAAUAAUGUCAAAUACCAGGAUAUGGAUUUAAAGUCUCCAUUUACAUGAAAUGUCUCUUUGUUUUGAAACUUGCAGUGAAGCAAGUAACUGCACAAUGUCUGUCUUUAUAAGACUGAAUAAAACAAAGUGUACCUUGAUUUUUUAUUAUUA